AUGUCAAAAAAAUUAAAACUAGAUAACAUGGUCAAAAUUUGUACACACUCGGGGUCGUUUCAUGCAGACGAAUCAUUAGCUGUGUAUUUAUUAAAAUUAUUACCUAAAUUUUCCAAUGCUGAGGUAAUAAGGUCGAGAAAUCCUGAGGAUUGGGAAAGAUCAGACAUAGUAGUUGAUGUAAGUGGGAAAUAUGAUCAAGUUAAAUAUUUCGAUCAUCAUCAAAGGGAAUUUGAUACUACAUUUAAUAAUAAUUACAAGACUAAGUUAUCAUCUGCUGGAUUAAUUUACAAACAUUUUGGGAAAGAUAUAAUACAAGAAGUAUUAAAUUUACAAUCUAAUGAUAGUAAUGUGGAAUUGUUAUAUGACAAAGUAUAUAAAGAAUUUAUUGAAAGUCUAGAUGCUAAUGACAAUGGUAUUAGUAAUUACCCUAAAGACAUAGAAAGUAAGUUCAAUGAAAAAAAUAUCACAUUGCCUGCAAUGGUUGCAAAAUUUAAUCCUAGAUGGAAUGAAAGCUGUAAAGAUGAGGAUUUUGAUCGUCAAUUUUUGAUUGCAAGUGAACUAAUGGGUAAAACUUUUGUGAAUUUAUUGGAAGGAUAUGGCAAAGGUUGGUUACCUGCAAAAUCUAUUGUUGAAAAAGCAUUUGAAAAUAGAUUUAAUGUUGAUAAAUCAGGAGAAAUAAUAAUUUUAUCUCAAUUUUGUCCAUGGAAAGAACAUUUAUAUGCAAUUGAGAAGAAAAAUAAUGCUGAAGGAUCAAUAAAAUUUGUUCUUUUUCAAGAUGCAAGUGGUAAUUGGAGAAUUUCUACUGUUAGUAUCACAUCAAGUUCUUUUGAAUUUCGAAAAGGAAUACCGGAAGAGUUAAGAGGAUUAAGGGAUGAAGAAUUAAGUAAUAAAUCAGGUAUUGAAGGUUGUAUAUUCGUGCACGCUGCUGGAUUUAUCGGAGGAGCAAAAACGGAGGAAGGAGUUUUGAAAUUAGCAAAACUUUCCUUACAAAAAGACUAA